AUGACAUCGAGUAGCUCAAGACAAAGUUCGGUGCUGGAAGCUCUCAAAAACCUUGGCAGUCAAUCACAACGAUAUGAGGAAAACACAAUGAGAGCCAAGAGGCCACCAGCUAUGACAGCUAUCAUCGGGAAUGACCCUGAACGUUUUACCGACCCCGACCACAGAAGCAGUCUCAUAAUACACAAUACCUAUAGGCCGGUAGUCAAUCUCGACAAGGAUAAUUUAGACUUUUUGUAUGCCAAGUACCUUCAAGACAAUGUCGGAGACGACUUGAAGGAUCAAGGGACCAUCGUCCAACCGCCCAAUGAGUUCUGUAACGAGUUCAUUUCUGCCGCCAGGUCCAGCAUUCAAAGAAAAUUUUGCAGUAGCACUGUCAGUAAUAAUAGUGUACCUAUCACUGCCGCUCGCGUGUCAUUUUGCCUCACUGGGACCAUUCAGAAGAUGUUAAGACAAUCCCCUAAAUUCGUCAAUGGCUUACAAGGGGUCAGUACCGACUGGCAAAAGUCGCUUGAUGAAAAAGAAGUUUCAACUGCUAACCUCGAGGCGAUGUAUCUGUCCGAACGACACCCUAAAUCACUCAUGCCAUUGUAUGGCCAAGGAUUCAAGUCUGACCCGGAUAAUUUCGACAUGGUUCAUUCAAUACCCAUCAAGACGAAUCUUAGCUUCAAGGCUAUUGAGAGUAUGAUUACCCAAAUCACGAGUGAAGCGGAUCAGGCUGGGAGGAAUGCAGAUGCUCGUGAGAGAGAGCACCCUGAACUUGCAGGUACCAGUAUCAUGCCCAAACCCAUGACUUCAGAGCUACAAGCCAAACGCCAAGCUGACUUAGCCAGCCGACAGGAAAGAUAUUGGCAAAAGACGCAAUCCGCUUUGGAGAGUGCACUCUCCGAACAAAGUCAAAUGUCCGAUGAAGAUUGGAAAGAGAACGGAAACCUCCAUGAUGUAGUGUACAUCCCUGACCAAGCCCCUGGCACUCUCACUAUGCGCCCCUCGAAUGGACCGGUGAUGGAUCUUCACUUGGACAUCGAGGCUCGUUUCUGGCAAUCCAAGAACCCAUCCUCCACUAUCGAAGACCCUUUUAUGACAUCUGUAGAGAGUCUUAAUGAAAGACUUGAGAUUGCCACUUCGACUACUGAUUAG